AAAAAUAAUAUACUCUUAUUUUCAUUUAGAAAAUUAGAAAACUUUGUAUAUAGACUUUAACAUUGUAUGACGAAUUAUAAAAGCUUAGCCUUUAUUUUUUUCACAAAUUGAAAAAAGGCAAACAAACUACAAUUUUAUUGGAAUUUUAUUUUUUAAAAUUCGCAUAAAUUUGAUUUUUUUAAGCAAUGCUCGAGCAACAAGUUGGAAUGUUUCGUGAUGUCUAUUUAGUUUAUGAUAGGAACCAUAUUUACGAAAGGGUUCUGUAGAAAGGGAUCUAAAAAGCCGCUACACAAAGCUUGCGCAUGCGCAUAGGUUAUAAUGUGGACUACAGGUUCACUUUCCUUAAAAGUAUCACGGGCUUUCCAUUUACAGAUGAGAUGUGUUUAUUCUUCUGUAAGUUUAUUGAAGAAGCAGACGGGUAAAACUCCGGCGGAGCAGCGCUGGGUGCAGCGACAGCUCAAAGACCCGUACGUUAAAGCGUCGCACAGCCAAAACUUUCGCUGCAGAAGCGCCUUUAAGCUGCUGGAGAUCGACGACAGAUUCCGGCUUCUGCAGCCCGGAUUCAGCGUGGUGGACUGCGGGGCUGCGCCCGGAGCCUGGAGCCAAGUGGCCGUUCAGAGGGUCAACUCUGCCGGAUCAGGCGCCCACUUCCUGCCCAGUCAUGAUGUCACCGACCCUGCCACACAUGCCGAGCUGCAGGCGCUGCUCCCCAGCGGUCAGGCCCAUGUCAUCCUGAGUGACAUGGCGCCCAACGCCACAGGCUUCAGGGACAUGGACCACGAAAGACUUGUCAGCAUGUGUUUGUCUCUGAUAGACUUGGCUGAGAAGGUUUUACUGCCCGGGGGCUCUCUGCUCUGUAAAUACUGGGAUGGGGUUCUUGCUCAUCGACUUCAGGAGAAGCUCUCGAGCGUGUUCAGUAGCGUCCGAACCGUGAAGCCAGACGCAAGCAGGAAGGAUUCUGCUGAGAGAUACUUCUUGGCCAGAAUGUACCGUGGCUCAGUGAAGUGACGCUUUUCAUUGUCUUCUCGUCUUUUGAUGUGCGUCCGACUCCCUGUGCUUCUGAGCUUUUUGAACUCAAAGCAGCUCAUUUGUGUGUUAUCAAGAGGUGGCACUGUUGAGGCAUCGGUGAGACUCCUCCUUACCUCGGCCACAUUAAACCCUCUGCAGCCGGAGCACAGCAGCAGUGAAUCGCUAAAAUGGAAGCCUAUGCAAGAGAUAUUCCUCGAGAGUCCUUCACUGUCUUUUUUUUGUCUGCUUAUUGUUUGGCCCAACUAUUUGUUCCACACGCUCAGUUUGUAGUUUACUUUGUUCCAGAAAGUCAUCUACCACUGGUGCUUAUUCUAAUAAUUUGCACUUCCAGUCAUGUAGAAAUAUGGUUUCUUUUAUUGAGAGCAAAAGGUGAGAAACGCAAAUAAGUAAAUGCUGUCUGAUUGAAGGAAUGGGGUAGCAUGCUUAAGCUUUGUUCCCUUGCCCUGUAAUAACAAAAAUACCCCAAAGAUUACUCUUUAAUACAAUUAUUUAAAAAAAAAAUCUCGUUUUUUAAAGUUACUUUGAAAAUAUGAAUACAAGUUGUUUUUUUUAAAAUAAAUUAUGCUAUUUUAAAGUCACAUGAAAGACCCACUUUGAUGAAAAUUUGUUUUAACAUGUUCUUGU